GAUGCAUGACAGUAAAAAUACGAAGUAGAAAAGGCAACAACAAAGAAGGAAGUGAGAACAAGAGAGAGAUAGAGCAAAGAGGAAAGAAGAACAAAAGAACAAGGCGUAGAGUAAAUGAUGAAGAAAGGAACAAAAGAGAAAUAGGAAAGAAAGAUAAGGAAUCAGAAAGCGAAACAGUAAACAAGAAGAAGGAAGAAAGACAUGACGAGGAAAAGGCGCCAAUAAGAAGCUACAGAGAGAAGAACGAUAAGCAGGAAGAAGAAGAGGACAAAAAAAACAAGAGAAAUGAAAGAUACAAAGGAAACAAGAGAAAUAGACAAAAAGAAGCAAUACGCAAUGAAGAGAAAGAAAAAGACAAGAGAAGGCAAUAUCGAGAGGGAGAAAAAGAAAAAGAUAUAAAAUGGAAGGCAAGAAACAUUAGCGAGAAUAGGCGUACAAAUCACAGGAAGGAUAUAUUGAAGACAGUAAGGAAAAGACUAAAUGAUGAAUUAGGCGUUGAAAAAAAGAAGAGAAUAGAGGUAGCAAGAAAUGAAAAGAAAGGAGGACAGGAAAUACAAGCAGAAAAUAGUGGAAAAGAGAGGAGGAGAAAAGAGCAAGCAAGAGCAAACGAAAAAUCAGAUAAAAGCAACAAAGAAGAAGAAAAGGAAAGAACAAGAAAGCGGAAGGAACAAAAAAAAAGAGAAAGUAGAGAACAGGAGGAAAAGAUGCAAGAGGAAGAGAGAAAAAUUAAGCAAACACAACAGCGAACAAAAGGAACGACUAGAGAAAGAACAAAGGAGAGGAGAGCAAGGAAGAAGGGAGAAAAUGAAGAAAUAACGGAAUGGAAGCAAGGAGUACGAGAAGAAAACGACAGGAACCAGAAGAGAAAACUAGCGACAUACGGAAAGAAUACAGGAGGAAACAAAGCAAGAAACGCUAAAGAGAACAGAAAAUAG